AUGACAGAAGUGAAAGGAACUCCCAUCAUUAAAGGUUCACGAACAAUGCAAAUAACUGGCUUAUAUAAAGGACGGGCAAUUAUUAUAAAAGACUCUUACAGUGUUAUAAAUAAGAAGCUUAAACUAUUUCCUGCUAUGUUUAACUUACAAACAGGACCGAAAGAAGUAUUUCCAUAUAACUACUACAGCAGUGUUUUGUUAGCAAAUGACAACAGAACUGGUGUCAUUUCUGAAGCAUGUAAGUUUGUCAAGGAUGCAGAUACAUUCAUGAAAAACAUAGAUUCCAUCAAAGGUUGCAGAAUAGAUGAAAACCACUUCGACUUAGAAAAGUAUAGCACAUUUUAUUGCAAACAAGAUGUAAGAAUUUUAAGAGAAGGUUUUGUUAAGUUCCGCAAUGACAUAUUGAAAGAAUUUGAUUUAAACGUUUAUGACUACGUUAGUAUUUGUUCAAUUGCUAACAAAUUAUUUGAGAACAGAGUGUACUUCCCGAAUGGAAAUCUUUAUGACCUCUCAAAUAAACCAAGAGAAUUUAUUUCACGCUGA